AACGUUUUGAAAAUAUGAAUUUCUAUGCUUGCUGUUUCCAUUUUACACAAGCAUGUAAAAGAAAUGCAAUCAAAACUAUUGGUUUGGAUAAAAUGCUUUCGUGCAGGAAACUUGCGUAUAUGCUGUUUAUGAAAUUUACCUCUUUUACCGGAAUGCAAGAUUGUUGAAGCAUUUAGUCUUCUUGAAGCUCAAGCCACAGCCUUAGAUAAGAAGAUGUUUUCGCCCUUUUUAAAAUAUUUUAAGAAGCAGUGGCUUAAGAAGCAUCGCGCUCAAAAAAUUAUGGAUGCAAUGGAUUUGUUUGACAAGGGAGAAAUUGACAUACAGGGUUUUUUGACACUUAUCGUUUCGCUAAAUGACUGUUUUAAUAAACAGGACCUGUUCGACAGUGUGCAUAUGGAUUCCAAUUUGUCGGGAAUGUCAUCUGAAAUGAAGGCAUCAACAUUAUCGCUUUCGACGAGUGACUCAAACACUAGUCAAAUAUCCGAUUCAUCUAUAUUUCAAAUGAAUCCCUGCAAUCAUGUUGGGAUCAAAUUCUGGCUCAUAAUCAAGAACAGAACGAUGAUCCUAACGAUCCUGGCAGUGGUGAACCAAAAUGUCCAACGUGUCAAAAAGUUGUUAAAGAAGCUAUCCAAUUUGUGCGUCCGUCUUUAUAGUGAAAAAACAUAA